AUGUCUUUCACAAGCUCGGGGAAGUUCUCCCAAAGUGCUACUUUGGCAUCAGUAGCAGCAACGGACAUACCCUAUGAUCUUCUCACCUUCCUCGGGAUUGCGCAAAGUCUCAAUAUUGGUUUCCUUCCAAUCUCAUGGGAUGUUGGACAGGCCAGUAUCGGCAAGGGAGGUACAGCAGAAAUAAGCCAAUCUUCAGUCAAUCUGGAGACAGCUUUUGCAUUCAAACGUCUAUCUUCCGUCGAUUUAGCUCUAUCCGAGGCGAAGAAAACAGCAAUAUUCGAAGCGCUGGCAGCCGAGAUAUCGGUGUUGGGCCACAGAUCUAUACGUGGUCAUCCAAAUAUUAAUAGGCUCGAGGGAAUAUGCUGGGAUAUUGAACCUGAUGGCGAGAGGGUAUGGCCCGUCUUAGUGUUUGAAAAGACCCAACACGGGGAUCUCAAGACGUUGAUGGAGCAAGGCGCGGGGACGAGGUUGGAUCUGAGGGACCGAAUUAGGCUAUGUGCUGAAGUUGCUAUGGCAGUCUCAGAUUUGCAUCUGAACGUCUCAACAGUGCAACUGAUAAAAGAAGGCAUUGUCCAUGGAGACAUCAAGCCUGCAAACGUCUUGAUAUUUGAAAAUGACUCGAAGCAGUACGUUGCGAAAGUGGCAGAUUUUGGAUAUUCCACUUGGCUUGGCGGUGCCAACGACAUGAUACUCAUGCCCCGAACUCUACAUUGGACCGCUCCAGAAUGGCAUCACCGUCCAAUUCAUGGCGCCAGCGCCGUCAGAAUGGACGUCUACUCUUUUGGUAUGUUCUGCUUGUGGCUUUUAUGCUACCAUGGUGGGGAGACCGCACACCGCGAUUUCUACGAAGAUUUGAAAUCGAAAGAAGCGACGUCAGCCCUUGCCCAUCAGUUGCUUACCGAAACGCACGAUGUGAAUGAUGAGCAAAGGCGCCAUCUCCACCAGCUCUUUGAUCUGUCUUUGGCCAUUGAACCAGCUGAACGAUGCUCAAACUUCGGCCAAUUAGUGCGUCUUCUUGCACCAAACAGAAUUCUUGUCCCCCAUAUUAUCGAGACGAUUGCAAGUGAUCGGCCCAAGUUCCCAAAGGACUUUCGGGUACAAGUUCGUACCCACAUUGCCGCGUGCCUAGAAGAGAGAGUCUUCAGGUCUUCUACGCUUGCACUUAGUUCACAACGUGCGGCUUUUGAGCUCUCAUUAUGCUACACGCUUGGAAUGGGCGUGGAUAAGGAUGACGUCAAAGCCUCAGCUCUUCUAAAGCAAGCUGCAAGGUCGCAGAAAGAUCUCAAUUACGAGAUCGAUCGGAUACGAUACGGCGAAGUGAGAUCAUCUCCUCGGGAAGGUAUCUACAAUCAGUCUCUAUAUCGAGGUCAUACCAUAGCCAGAUCAACCACAGGUGCUCAUUACUAUCUCGAGAAAGGAAAUUUGGACCAAGCAGCAUCGCGCAUCAGAAAGGAGAUUGCUGAUGCUGAAAGCAUUAUGGGAGUCGAUCAUCGAAUCAUCGGAGUUCUGAAGUCGACAUUAACCAAUGUCUUAAUCAUGCAAGAACGAUGGGAAGAGGCUCAGAAGCUAGAGACACAGGUUUUACAGUGGAGUUCAAAGACACUGGGGGAAAGACACCCAGAUACACUGGGUACCAGGAGCAGCCUGGCAUUGAUUCAUGGGGAAAGAAGACAAUGGAAAGAGGCUGAGUUGUUGCAGACGCAAGUAAUGACCGCAAGUCUGUCCGAACUGGGAUUGGAUCAUAGAGUCACAUUGACCAGCAUGAGUAAUCUAGCAACAAUAUACCACGAUCAAGGAAAAUGGGAAAAGGCCGAACGACUAGGAAAGCAAGUGCUGGAAAUAAGGAAGAAUGUAUUGGGCUCCGAAAACCCAGACACCAUGAACAUCUCGGAAGUCUUGUCCUCCUUUAACACAAAACAAGAAUUUUGGAAAAGGAAGGAAAUAGAGGCAGUGCAGGUACCGAUCAGUGAUUGA